AUGGCGACAGAUGUCGCUACUGACAGAGACUGCGAUGAUUCUCCGGGUCAUUCUUCCAUGUGUUCAUCUAGUGCCCAAGGCAGUUCCGAUCCCCAACCGCCUAAUGUUGUAAACCAAUUUUUGAAGCUGCUGUUAAGGAAGCACAGCAGCGGCGACCUUCACAGCCGAUUAAAAACUAGAAAGCUGUUAGGAGUUGGCGAAACAGACGAUGGAGACAUCCAUAGAUCUAAACUGAGUCAGAUCCUGGGACACAGUGAUCAGUUGUAUAUCAAGCUUCCCUACGGACUGCGGAUAUGGCAAAUUGUCAUGGCGAUCAUGUUCACAAUGACCGGUUUGUGGGCAUUAGUUCUGCCGUCUCAAAUAUUCCAGACACUUGAUACAACCGAAGAUCACAUUACUUCUUUGCCAGUCAGACUCUAUGGUGGUGCUGUACUUAGUCUGUCUGUUGUAUAUUGGAUGACGUUAAACUCACAAGACCGUGAUAUCAUACGCAUGUGUCUGCUCAGCUCAAUAGUGUAUUUUGGCAUUCAGUUCACAGGCAAGUUUUUAAUUACUUAUUUAUGUAUUCAAGCAAUGUCCUAUUGUGCCAUUAUAUGUUACAUAGGGCUGGCAGUCCGGUUCACCAUUCCGAGCGGAAUAAAGUUAAAUUGCUAG